CUGUGUAUUUCUUUCUUUUCAUGCUGUGCUGUCAAGAUGUGAACACAGAAUCCACCUUUUCUCCAGUGACUGACCAGGCUGUUACACCACGCCGGACGAUAGUUUCCAAAGGUCAAAGUCAUGUCCUUGUGGAAGAACUUGAAAUUCUAAAAGCCCAAAAUGUAGAACUUUCAUGUCACAUGACUGAUAUUCCAAGUAAACCCCUGAAUAUAACAGGAUACUGGAGAAAAAAUGCUGAUGAAAUUGAAAAUUCACGUCAAACUGUUCAGCGGCACAGUGAACAGUAUAUCCUCCACAGGACCUUUAAUAUACAGACAGGUGACUUAGGAAAUUAUUCAUGUAUCUUCAGCUAUUUGGGAAAGGAAGAACAAGCCACAUUUGUUUUAAAAGUGCCUACUAUGAAAGAAAAGCGAGACAGACCCAUUGUGAGCUAUGUUGGAGAUUCUGUGGUAAUGGAGUGUGCCAUCAAGCCUGCACCCAACACCUGGAAAUGGUAUAAAACUAACGGCACUGAGAAGGAAUUUAUCAGUGACACAGCUGACCCCCUGAACUACAAGAUCCUCUUAGCUAAAAAUGUCACCAAACUGACUGUGUUGAACCUGACUGAGGAAGACUCUGGUAAAUACACAUGCAGUGCAGUUUACGACAUUGCUCACAGUGAGUCACAUAUGCAGCUCAGAGUUCUGUCCUUCACCGAGCCGCUCAAGCCAUUCCUUGCUAUAGCUGCUGAAGUAGCCAUCUUGGUCACUCUUAUCCUGCUCUAUGAAAGAUACAGCCGCAGUCGCAAUGACCAUGCUACAAUCACAGAAAGCAGUCUGAACUCUGAACAGAUGGGUACACUGACGGAGCAGGAGAGCAAUGGAGUGGACGGGGGUACCACAACCAGACAAAGGAAAGGGGAAAAAUAAUAUUUCACUCUGCAGUAAACUACUUACAUAGUACACUUAACUAUGGAAGUAGUACUGUUUUGGGUGCUAGGUAUGUUGUGAAUAUAUACAGUACAUUCAUAAAAAUUAGCUGGUUCUACAAUCAUGAUUCGAUUAUUAUUAUUUUUUUUGCUUUUGCUAAUUAAAUUGGAUUUAUUGAAGUCGUGACGUACGGCCAAAAAUUCGCAGAUGAAGUAAAUGAAGAACACUUCUUAAAUUAGUAGGUCAUUUUGGUAUACAAAUACGACAUAUAUGUAUUAUUAAUCAUUGACUACCCUACCUAUUUACAUAUUAUACAUUUAUAUUAUACAGUAUUUAUUGCUUAAAGUUUCAGUGCACUAGAAAACUACAGACUACACAUUGGCUUUGAGGACACCUACUCUGUCUCACUAAACAGUUCCAGUCAGUCAUGUGUUUUUCUCCCAGAAACCAUUGUAAUUUGUGCUUCUCCCAAUGUUUAAAAUAAAAACUUUUAAUAUAUUCAACCUUAAUGCUAUCUGAAUACUGUAGGUGCAAUGUAGUACAUGUACAUUGACUGUGUUGCCGGUUUAGCCUACUAGGCUACUGUAAUUAUAUAGAUACAUAUAUACACUAUUGUGAAGUGUAUUGUUUUACUGUACUGUACUUGUUCUGUGUGUUAAAUAUUAACAGAUUACUAAUAAUGGGUUACUCACACUUUUCCGCAUACAAAGGAGUCGCUGAAUGGGGCGCAUAAAUAUACUGAGCAAUAAUACAAUCUGAAGCAAUAUUAUUCCAUGUACCAAUAAUACACAUAUACAGGGUAUUGUAAAACAUGUUCACUACUUGUCUAUAUAAUAAAUCUAUAUAGUAUGCAAUAUAAAAAUGUAUAAACAUAAA